ACAGAUCACAGAAUCUCACAUAAGUAAAGAGAAAAAUAUUUUAAUAUUUAUAAUAAAUGGAUAAUAUAUAUGAAUUGAGUCAAAGGUUAAUUCUUAUUUGUCAUACACUGUAUGGUGGGUGUAAAUAGGGAAAACUAUUGGAUAGUUUGAUGGGACUAAGUCCUUCCAUAUUUAGCAAAACUAAUGGGAAAGACACAAAAAAGAGAACAAUAAUAUUACACACAUUUAUUCCCUCAUUAACAAAAGAUUGCUUUAAGAAAAUUGAUUCUCAUUGGAAUGUAAAUGGAAGGACUUAGAACAUUUUGAAUAAGAAUUAAACAAAUGCUUUAAGGGAAAAGCUUUGAAUUGAAAGAAGAGGGAAUAAGUCAACUAAUACAGAAAAGAAAAUGAUGGCUCCAAGGAAAAACAAUAGAAAAAAAACCUGUAUCAUAAUUCCACUUUUAAUAGAGGUGAAAUUAAUGCCUCUUAAUAGACAUUAAGUACUAAUGCACACUUAUUAUUUCUGGUAUUAUUACAUCCAAGUGUAAAAUAUAUGAUUUUAUUUCUUAGAUUGAUUUUAACCACACAUCAGUUCAUUUCUAAGGUUUCAAAUCUCUUCUCUUAGAAACAGAGCAAGGCAACAGUGACAAUACUUUAAGAGACUUUAUAAAUAAACUCAUACAUUUAAUCCAAUUAAUAGAACAGGAAAAGCAUUAAUUAAUUAACCAUCUUGAAUUUACCAUAUUUGCAGAUGGGGAACAAAUUAAAACCAGAAAACUCAAACAUCACUACAAUAAUGGAAUUUGUUCUCUUGGGUUUUUCCGAUAUUCCCAAUCUCCAGUGGAUCCUUUUCGGGAUAUUUUCAGUCAUCUACCUGACCAUCCUGAUGUGCAAUAGCGUCAUAAUACUGAUAACAAGAAUUGACUCCACUCUCCAUAUCCCCAUGUAUUUUUUUCUCAACAAUUUUUCCUUUUUAGAAAUCUGUUAUGUAACAGUAACUAUCCCAAGGAUGCUCAUGGACAUUUUGACCCAGAAAGGACACAUUUCUUUCAUUGCUUGUGCUACACAAAUGUGUUUCGUCCUCAUGUUUGGAGGCUCAGAGUGUCUGCUUCUGACCGUGAUGGCCUAUGAGCGCUAUGUGGCCAUUUGUAACCCUCUUCACUACUGUCUCGUCAUGAAUCACAAGGUCUGUGUCCAGCUGGUCACUGCUUCCUGGCUCAGUGUGGUUCCUGUCGUAAUUGGGCAAACAUGGCAGAUUUUCUCUCUGCCCUUUUGUGGGUCCAAUACAAUUAAUCAUUUCUUCUGUGACCUCCCCCCAAUAUUCAAGCUUGCUUGUGGGGACACAUUUGUGAAUGAGAUAGCAGUCUAUGCAGUUGCUGUGGUGUUUAUUAUGGUUCCGUUUCUGUUGAUCGGUGUCUCCUAUGGCCACAUUAUCUCCAACAUUCUGAAACUGUCAUCAGCCAGAGGAAGGGCUAAAGCCUUCUCCACCUGCUCCUCCCACCUGACUGUUGUGGUUUUAUUCUAUGGAACAGCAAGCAUCACUUAUUUGCAACCCAAACCAAAUCAAGCCGAAGGGACUGGGAAACUGAUUUCUCUUUUCUACACUGUUUUGAUCCCAACCUUGAAUCCCAUUAUAUAUACUCUGAGGAACAAAGACAUCAUGGUGGCACUGAGAAAACUACUAACUAAGUUAUUAACCUGAUUUAAAGACUCAACAUUACAGAAGGGGAUUGCUUAUCUUUGUCAUGUAAAUACAUCAGAAAGAUUUAUUUUUGUGUUUCUAUGUUCCUAAAAAAUGAUAGUUAAUAUCAUCACUGCCACCUUGCAUUAUGUUAAAGGAUUUUGUUUCAUAGUAUUGAGCUUCUGGGUAAUCAAAGCACAAAUUUUAUCUCCAUGGCAACCAUCUAAUCUGAAGACCCAUCUUUCCCCUCACUGGGAACCAUUGAGUUAAGAGAUUGCCUGAGCAUUAUCAUUAACUCAGAGCAUCAUAUAACCAAGGGUUAGGGUUAUGCUCUGUGAGAACUUUUCUUUAUCUUUCCCUUCACUUCAGAUAUAUUUUCUGCCUUUCUCUGUACCUAUCAUUGGAUUUAACCAAUGAGGAAAAAAAAAAAACAGCAGCAGCCAAAGAUGGGGGGAGCAGGGGAAUCAAUGUUGUCUUGCAUUUUUUUUUCUUUGUUUCUAUGUCUUGCAAUUGUCCAUGUACCUUUAAGACUACAAAUUUUUGUCUUCCUUCCUUUAUUAUGCCAACCCUGAUUGUUCUCUCCUAACAUCAUUUUCUUCCUCUUGUAGCUUCAAGUUUUACUUUGGUAAUGUCUAUUUAGUAUUAGAAUUUUGGAAAUUUUCACUAUAAAUCCAUGUCAAUGUGUGUUAGGUUCAUGAUGGCCCCUCUAAAUAUGUGUCCAUUUAGAAUCUGCAAAUGUGAAUUUUUGUAGCUGUAAUUAAGCGAAGGAGUGUGAAAUAAGCUUAUCCUAGUUUAAGGUGGGCAUUAAAUCCUAUGACCAGUGUUCUUCGUUCUUAUAAGGGUCAGAAAGAGAGAUGAAGUUAAGAAAAGAGAUACAGAGAUGCAGAGAACAUCACAUGAAGAUGGAAGCAGUGAAUGGGAGUGAUGCAACCAUGAAGCAAAGCCUUCUCCACAUGCUCUUCCCACCUGACCAGGAUUUCUUCUCUUUGGAGAGAAAUCCUGCCAGCACUGUGAUUUUGGGCUCUGGCUUCCAGAAAUGUGAGGCGAAUUUUUGUUGUUUUAAGCGACUCAAUUUCCGAUCGUUUGUUAGAGUAGAUGGAGGAAAGUAAUACACCAUGUAAACAAUGUUUCAUUAAAGUGUUUUUCUUUAGGAGUUCCCACUGUAGUGCAAUGCGUUAAGAAUCCGACUGCAGCUGCCAGGGUUGCUGUGGAUGCUUGGGUGGUCCCCAGCCCAGCACAGUGGGUUACAUUAUCCUGUGGUUCUCAUUCAGUCCCUGGCCUGCGAACUUCCAUAUACUGAGG